AUGGGCGCCUGGGUCUUCCCCGCAGCCCUUUUCCUUCUCUGCCUGACUUCCGAGAGCCUGCAAGGGCUGCCCCUGCUGCCUCCUGGCCUGGGGAAAGUCUAUGGCUCCCACAGUGGCCUGGGAGCAGGCUACGAUGGGGGCGUGAAGCCACAGAAGCCAGGAUUCGUGGCCAGGCAUGGGCUGGGAACCCAGCCAGGGUUCAGGACCUUCGCAGGUGCUGCAGCCCAGCCAGGAUAUGGAAACGGGCUGGGAGCAGCGGCCUUCCCAGUGGCCGGAGCCCAGUCAGGAUUGGGGAGCAGAAGUGGUUUGGGCACUGGCACUCUUCCAGGGGCAGGAACCCCACCAGGAUACAACAAUGGAAACGGACCGGGAACCCAGCCAGGUCCUGCCGCUCAAAAUGGCUUUGGACCAGGCUUUGGAGGGGGUGGAAAACCCCAGAAGCCAGGCCCCACCACUCAAAAUGGCUAUAGACCAGGCUAUGUGGGGGCCGUCAAACCCCAGAAGCCAGGAUUCCAGUACAGAAUUGGGCUGGGAGCCCAGCCAGGCUUUAGAGGGGACAUGAAAGCACAGGAGCCAGGAUUAGGGAAUGGGAAUGGGCUGGGUGCUCAGCCAGUCUUGACAGCCCAGAACGGAUUUGGAUUUGGAUUUGGAGCAGGCCUUGGAGGGAAUGUGAAGCCUCUGAAGCCAGGAUAUGGGAAAAGGCUGAGCGCAGGGGCCUUCCCUGGGGCUGGAACCCAGCCAGAAUAUGGCCAUGGAAAUGGACCGGGAGUCCAGCCAGGCCUAGGAGUGGGGAUGAAGCCUCAGAUGCCAGGCCUGGGAGCUCCAAACGGCUAUGGACCAGGUAGGGGCAGGGCUGGGGUUCCAGGAGGUCCAGAGCGGAGGCCUUGGGUCCCUCACUUGCUCCCUUUCUCUUCACCAGGCUAUUUGGGGGUUAUGAAGGCCCAGAAGCCAGGUGCUGGAGAGGGCAUGAAACCUCAGAAGCCAGGCCUGCGAGGGACCUUGAAGCCUCAGAAGUCAGGACAUGGCCAUGAAAAUGGCCCCUGGCCAGGUCCCUGCAAUGUGAGGGUCGCUCCGAUGCUCCUCCCCAGGCUUCCCACUCCAGGGGUCCCUUCGGACAAAGAGGGUGGCUGGGGCCUGAAAUUCCAGCCCCCUUCUGCAGUGCAGAAUGGCAAGUUACCAGGGCACCAGCCUCCAAAUGGCUAUGGACCAGGAGCAGAACCAGGUUUUAAUGGUGGCCUCGGGCCACAGAAAAUUGGGCAGGCUGGGGUGCUGUGGAACUCUCGCUGGCCCACCCUCCAGGCCUGGGGAGCCGGUUUGAAGCCUGGAUAUCAGGCUGAGGAUGAAUAUGCUGAGGCCAGGAGCCAGCCAGGGGGCCCCGACGUGAAGAGAGGCAGCAAUGGCCAGCUGGGGAAUGGCUACGGAGGCCGCUGCCCUCUGGGGAAAUGCUGAGCCGUGCAAUGCCCCUGCGAGUCCCGAGGGCCUCUGCCUCACACCCUCGCCUGCCCAGCAAGGAAGACAGACCCUUGGGCUUGGCCUCUGGUGCUGCCUGGCCGGGGGUCUCCUCCAUGCUAGAACCACAAACGUGCUUCCCUGUUUGCCUCCGCGUGCCAUGUAAGAGGCUUGCUGACCAGGGUGGGAGUGGCAUGGGCCUGCAGCCACCACCCAGCACCUCAUUCAUUCAUUCGACAAACAUCAAUGAGGCCAUGUGCCAGGGACCAUGUUCCCAACAGGAGAAACCAUGAGAAGAAAACAGACUCGAUCAACACCUGCCCUCAGGGAGGGCAUCGCUUGGUCACUGCCUAGUGGGGGAACCACAUCCAAGUUAGGGGACUUGUGCAUGGAAAAGAACACUUCAUUCUUUGUGUUUUCAUUUAUAAUCGAUUUAUUAAAGUUGUUAGAUAAAAAUCUCAUUUUCCU